GCGUGCUGUACUGGCCUCUCGGCGCGCUUGGGAGAGAGAGUCUUGAUACGUCUGCUGCGUUAUUCGUCCUCACCAUCUGUACGAUUUGAGUAAUUGCUGUGCGCCAUGCCGGUGUCUCCUUGUUGCGAGUAUUACGGUUAUUUGCCGAGACUCAUUCGCAAAUCAGCAUCAACGGCUUCCGCCUCAGCUGCGGCGCUGCCUGCUGCAUCGACCAGCAACCCACUUCCGUCCUCCACCGUAAGUGAAAGCAAUGGUGUCCCGAGGGCGGAGAGUAGUAUCAAGCCACCGUCAAUCUACAGGUUAAGCAAGCCGCUGACUUACCCCGUUGCGGAGCUGCCACCUAAACCGGCCUUUUCGUUGCGACUGGUCAUCAUCAGCGACACGCAUGAGCGGCACCACGAAAUGACGGUGCCGCACGGAGACGUUCUUGUGCACUGCGGCGACAUACAGGAUGGUGUGAAAUUCUGCCGGAGCACCGAUUCCAUGCUGGUUGACUUUUCCACAUGGAUCAACGAUCCCGCUCUCCACCCACACCCCGUAAAGCUUAUCAUUGCGGGAAACCAUGACAAGGCAAUCGCAGGUAUGAGUGUGGAUGCAGUACGAAGGCUCUUUGCUCCCGCGCUGUACCUGUGUAAUGAAAGUGCGUUGAUUGAGCCAGUUGGUGUGCGGGUUUACGGCUCGCCGCGCUCCAUCGCGAACUCCCGGCUGAGCCCGAACACGGCGUUUCAGUCGAACAAGUCGUGGCUGCCGUUCAUGUUUCCCACUGCUCGCACGGACGAAGACAAGGUAGAGAAUGCAUCGCUGGAGCAGAAAAGUAGAAGUCCGCUUCGUGUGCGUCUUGAGGGCACAACUCCUGGUGGUCCGAUCGACAUGUUGAUGACCCACCAAAGUCCUGAUACAGUUCGAGCUCGUCACACGGUGGAGGAACAACCGAUAUGCACCUACGUUCAGCAGGUAGCACCGCGACGUGUGUUUUUCUGCGGACACCUGCACGCCGCACAUGGUAUGCAUCGCCUUCCCGUCCCACUUGUCGUUCAGGAAGCUUUUGGGCUGCGGCAAACGGGAAACGGAUUGCCAGCCGAGCAGCAAGUGGUAGGGGAGAUUCCGUUUACUCCUUGCAUCAACGCGUCUAUGAUGAUGGGCUUACUAGGCCGAGGAAGACUGCUUCCCGCUAGUGUGGUCGAUCUUGAAUUGUAG